UCGCGCCGCCGCUUCUACGCCUCCCCAUCUCUCUCGUCCUCCCGCGCCGCCGCCGCCGAGAAGGAAGGAAGAGGAGGAGGAAGGAGCAGGCGGAGAUGGGCCACUCCAACGUCUGGAACUCGCACCCCAAGAACUACGGGCCCGGCUCCCGCGUCUGCCGGGUGUGUGCGAACCCCCAUGGACUGAUCAGGAAGUAUGGGCUCAUGUGCUGCAGGCAGUGCUUCCGCAGCAACGCCAAGGACAUCGGCUUCAUCAAGUACCGCUGAAGACAUUGCCUUGCUGGUGUUGAGAACUUCACCUGGGUCAAAAAAGAAAUGGAUCCUUCAAUAGAAGGCUCAAUUUAUGUGCUUUAGCUUUUUGUUCAGACUUGAGACUGAUGUGCUAGUGAACUACUUGUUAAAGUUUUGAUGGGUACUAUAUGCCUGUUGCACUAAUUAUAAUUAAGUGAUUGAAGUAUUUUGUUAUGUUUGAUAUCUGGUGUACUCAACCUUCUUGUAUUGAUGCCGUCCAAGCUAUUGUACUGCCA